AAUCGGCAAAAUAGUGUGAACAUUCGACAACGCGGAGUUUAGUAUAGAUUCGGAAUCGGGAAUAAAAACAAAUAAAAAUUUAUUUUUUUUAUUAGAUUUUUAUGAAAUUGUUUUUGGAAAUAUUUUAUUUAGUGCAUAUUAAUAAUUUAAAUGAGAAGUGAAUUGAAUAAGUGAAUAAAUUCAAAGAUUAGUAAGUGUAAUAAGUCGAAUAGUUGCCUAUACGUAGUGGAGGAGUGUGUAUGCAGAAGAAACGGAAAUGGUUAAACAAUGCUGGAGGAGAUAAAAGAAUAGCGAAUAAAAGAAGUAGCUAGAAACUCGUACAAAGUAGGAGAGGUAGAAAGCAAAGCGAUAGUAAAUAGCAAUAAAAAUAAAUAUAUACCUGUUAAUAUAGGAGGUGGAGGAUCUGCCUGAGGAAGGUACCAGCGAAGAAGGAAUUGAAAUUGACGCAAUACGAAGAGUAAAGUGAGCGACAGCAAGUGAAUGAAAAGCUGGAUGUGCGGAUAAAAAGAAUCGCACAAUUCACUAUUCAAUUGAAGACAUUAUACGUAUGUGCGAGUGAAAGACAUUUGUGCGGGAAAAUAAGAGAAAAUGCACAAGUGCAAAAUAUAAAUGAAUAAAAAGUUGUAUUAUUAUAAAAACACGCAAAGUCAAUUCAACGAAAAAGGAGCCUGUAAAGUGGCUGGGCAUUAGUGCAGUGCAGUAUCGUGUCGCCGUAUCUGUGUGUAUGAUGGGGCGUGUUUAAGUGUUUGUGCACCCGAGAAUACGGCAAAGGCAAAAGUGAAAACUUGCUUUUUGUCGUCGUUGUUGCCAUCAUCGUUGGUCGUUGUCGUCGUUGUAUUUUCGCAUAUUUCGCGACGGCAAAACUACGAGUGUAUUUCGCUAAAUAACCAGCCAACCAACCAAAUAGCCAGCCAGCCAGUUUUGGCCGCGGCUUUGUAUUCGGCAAUAAAAAAUAAAGUUAAAUUCCUGGAACUCGAAUUUGCGAAAUUGAAAGGCGCGCGCGUGUUUUUCGCAUACUUAAACACAAAAACUUUAAGAGGAUAUUUGUGAUCGUUUGAAACCGACCUGAAAAUACAUAUAUUACAAGUGUUUGAAAAAAUUUUAAAGCACUGCUGGCUAGUGAAUUGGAAACGGUCCAAAGUUAUAUUUGCACCGAGGGGGGCCUUACGACCAACCGUCGCAUUUGCCACCGCAUCGCUAAACCACAGAGGCGGGAUUAUGUCAUUUUGUAUGUGGUUGGGUGUGUGUGUGUGAAAUUCCAAGUAAUUAAUAAAUCGAAAUGCUAUGAAGCGCCACAACGAAUCAGAUCCAUGAAUAAAAUAUAAUAUAAUUUUUAUCUGUUUCAUUAAAAGUGUUUAACUGAAGAUAUGAGCGUAUAAAGUAAUGUGAAAAUGUAGUUAAAACAAGAACAGUAUUCAAAUACUUUUAAUCGUAUUAAGUUAUAGUGCGAAGAAAUUUGCAUUUAGAAAAUGUUUUCUGUGAAAUUGCGUCGCAAUUCAGUCGCUGGCGACGCAGUCCUUCGUAAAACUUGCCACAUUAGAAAAAGCAGUACGAAAUUUAACAAGAAGAAAUUUUCCGACGGCAAAUCAAGAAAGCAACCACGUUGUUGUCAAUUAGUUGAUUUGACAAGCAACCUCGAAAGUAAUAAUUUGAAAUCAACAAAAUAAGAAAUAUUUGUAGUAAUAUUAUUUGUGCGCGCACUUAAAUGGCAACAUUCAAUGGUCAUAGCACUACCAGCGCUACGGAUUUGUUGGGAUCCUCGGUUGCCGUCGCUGCUGCCACAGAGCAUUUUGAACGCAGCACUGCUGCGGCUACUGCAACGUUUUUACUACCAUCCACGGCAACGGCAAACGGAGCGCCGUUGCAUUUAGAGCCUUUUAGUCUUGCAAGUGGUCCACAUUUCGUCACAACCACCACAUCACCAUUAAGUGGUGCAAACGCUGGUCAUCAUCACCAUUCCCAUCAACAACAACAGCAUCACCACCAUCAACAAACCAAUUCCACUUCAACCAGUUAUACAUUCGUACAAAUCAAACGCGAACCUUGCCAAGUAUCAGAGGUUACCUCUGCUAAUUGCCAUCAAACACAACAGCAACAGCAUCAUCAGCAGCAUCACGUGUCUACAUCAUCGACAGGUGGCAGUGGUAUUGGUAUUGGGGUUGGCAUGGGUGUUGGUGUCGCUUCAUCAACGUCCAGUUGCUCGGCUUCCAUAUCAGCAGCUUCCAAAACAAUGUCAUCGUCGUCUACGCUAACAACGCUGGUGAAGAUUGAGGCUUCUUCACCAAAAGUGAAUGAAAUAGAUAAAACACCAGCUGUAAAUACACUUGCCACAGGGCCAACGAUGUCUAACACAAAUAACGCUGUGCCCAUUGGCAUUGCCGUGGCGCGUAAGCGACCACAGGAAACGGCGGGGUCACUCUCCAAUGCUGCACCGAUUCCAUUGCAACAAACGCUCAACAAGGAUAUGAAUUGUUUUGGUAUACGCGUGGCGGAUUUGGGUGGUGUCAGCACUGGCUGCAGCAAUAUCUAUUUUACGGGCAACGGUGACUUAGUGGCUGGCUCAGCGACCGCCGAGGAGUUGGCGCUUAGCGCCGCUGGUGUGCAGAGUGUAAAUCGUGCACCGUCUACCUUUUGGCAGUAUCAAAAUGCGCUUCCCAUUGAGUCAGUGAUUUCCAUGUCUCCAGCCACAGUGGGUUUGCAGUAUUCGCGCGAUGCAAGUCGCAGUCAAGUGGUACUUUUGCCGGCUACACCAGCCACAUUAGGCAUAUCAAAUUUUCCAAUCUAUACACCCACAGAUCCGUUCCAACAGGCGGCGGCUUUCGUUUGGCCAUCAUACAUACCGCAGGGUACAACGCCGGCUUCUGCCGCUGCGGCCGCCACCCUACAGCCGCCGCCCAAUUUUAUAUUCCCUUCAAUGAGCCCACACUCGACGCUACAGCCGCAGUCCUACGCCACGUCACUCCAACUCUUCGGCUCGAAUUACUUAACCGCGGCUGCGGCAGCUGCCGCAGCAGCUGCUGCCACUUCGACACUCUGCCAACACAAUCAACAGCAAACCAACACACAGCAGACCACAAGUUCAAUCAACCUGAGCUUAGCCGCAACGGGCGCUAUGCCACCUAGUGGCGGCGGCAACAACAUUGUGGGCAGUAUCAAUAGCAGCAAUACAAGUAGUUCCAGCAGUCGGUAUUUGAGUUUGGCAACUACAGGUGGGUCGGCUUCUAACAUACUUGAAGCGCCGAAACCACAAAAAACACUACAGCCCACAUUGACGCUACCGCAACCCGUGCCACCACCGUCCGCAGCUGCGUUACCGCCGCCGCCUUCGCUCAUUCUACCGCCUGCCGCAUUAAAAAUCGAAGAUUGGUGUGCGACAGAUUUUAUGGCGGCAGCGGCAGCGGCUGCAGCGGGCAAAACCCAUCAUGGGACUUUGGGCACGAUGUCUUCGGCCCCAUCUCAUCCAAUGGGUUUGAAUUUCGAUGGACGCGAUAAAACGACUACAAAUACAACGAAUCUGCUGGAUUUGCACAAUGCGGCCGCAGUUAAUGCACAGGCAUUGAAUUUAAUGCGUUUGCCGACGCCUCCGACGUCGGCGACCAUGGAGACGGCGGCUGCAGCUGCUGGCGGACCACAAUUGCAACCACAAAUACUAUUUCAGACCACAUCGACACCAUCUCCGGCUUUGCUCAAUUUAUCGGCAUCGUUACAGCGUGGUACGGCCGGUAGCGUUGCUAGUGCCACUACAACUGUGACUCCCACUGGUAUUUUUAUAAAUGGCGGUGGUACUACGGGAGCGCCUUCGGAACUUUCGACCGCUGUCGGUCCUCCAACGCCGUUGGGGGAUGAGACAACUGCAGUAAAUUUUAAAACAAGCCCUGUAGAUGCUACGCCGCCGCAGUCGGUGAGUGGUAUAGUAGUGGGGGUGCCGCGUGCAAUAAACAACAGUGGUCAAGCGUCUCAGUCAGGUCCACCGCCACAAAUGCAGGAUGUGAAUAUACAAACCGAUACGCCGGUAUGUAGUGAUGAUGAGAACUCAACGUGUCCGCUUGCCAUACAACAGCAACAACAAUUGCAGCAACAGUUGCAAACAAUGCAGGUGAAUUCGAUGAAUUCGCCGAGCUACAACAACGAUGAAGAUGUACAUCAGCCGUUAGAGUUGACAAAGCCGAGUUAUCAUGGUGGUGGCGUACAUUCCUCCGAAGCUGGUGGAUUACCGCUAACAACAACGCUAACAUCUAACGCGCCAACAACCACGACAGAAACAAAUCAUAUUGUGUGCCAUAAUGAACCCAACGCCGCUGCGAAUGGAGACGCUGAAGGUCACGAGGUCGUAACGCAACCACCUCCGCAAUCGUCUCCCACAACGUCAGCAAUAGGCGAAGCCGUUUCAAUGCUUCCUGGUAAUGAAUCAGUGCAUUACAGUGAACAUUCACAGCAUCAGCAGCAGCCGCAGCAAUCCGGUCCGGAAGAUCUAACCGGUCUCGAGCUGCUCUCGAACAUCAGCACUAGCACGCUGGCGAGUAAAGGUAUCGGCGUUGGUGUUGGCAUGACAAUGGUGCGUGUCAAGCAGGAACCACUCGACCACAUGGAAGCACCGGUCUCUUCAAUGACCGAUGAGUUGACAUCAUCAACUGUCGUGCCGUCCUUGUCGUCUCAAAUGCCACAAUUUAUAACACAGCAAUUGGAUGUAUCACGGCCGGUUCCGGGAAGCUGCGACUCCUGUGUGCCCAGAGAGGCUGAAAUGCAGAGACAACCAACACCGUUGCCUUUGUUGUCUCACACACUCCCAUCCGCAUCAUCAUCUAACGUGCCCACAACGGUGGUAGAGCCUCUGGGUGGAUUGAAUUUGCUCUGUGCUCUAGCUGAACAGCGCAUCCAAGAAGAAGUUCAGAGCAGCCGAGGUAAUUUGUUCGCUGAAAGCGAGUCACCACCACCGUCACGUUCCACUUCAUCACACGGUUGUCAACAGACGCCCGAAUUACAGAGGCAUUCGCAGCAACAACAGUCGCCGUAUGGUCCGGAACAGUCUUCCUUUCCCUCAAUGGAAGGUAUUGAACUCCCUUCGACGAGUGGUCUUGGCCUCUGUAUUGGUGUUGGUGGAGGCGAACCGCCAGUGAAACGUAAAAAGCACAAACAUUCCAAAUCAUCAAAGUCAUCUUCGUCAUCCACACUGGCUGGUGCUGGCAAGAAGUCGCAGCGCUGCUCGAAGAAGAGCAAGAAGAAAUACGCCAAGGAGAAGCGCAAACACAAGCAACAGCAACAAUUGCUGGCCUCAGCAGCUGCAGCAGCGGGGGCGUCUGCAUCCGCUUCCGAUGAUGUCGAUUUCGAGGACGAGCAAUUGCAACAGGAAUUGAAGGGCGCUUUCAAUCGUAUCGAUCCGAAUUUCCAACUCCGUUUCGGUCAAUGGGCCAAUACACAAGAGAUAUUCGAGCUGAUGGAGAGUGAUAUGCGUAUGCGUUUAGCCGAUAUAACGCGUCAGUAUCGCAAGAAAAAGCGAAAGCUCGACGAGAUAUCCAAGAAUAAGAAGAAAAAGAAAUGCGCAAAAUUGCUUGCCGCCCAACAACAACAACAGCCUACGCUAUCACUGUCAUCACUGAGUGCUGGCAGUGUCGUCGGUGGUCUCUCCUGCAGCACUGCUGGCACAUCUCUACCACUCUGUGAUUACAAGUUUCCGAAAUUUUCCACCAAUAGCGGUGUAGUUGGUGCCACAUCGACGCCCUACUUAAAUCGUUCCAGUUUUCUGCGCUUCGGUGAGAAGCCGCCUUCCGCUACUCCCACUCUUCCACACGCACAAUUUCCGCCACCUGAAUGCGACAAUUCAGAAGAUAACAACACGCUUUCGGCUAGCAGCUCCACCGCCCCAUCCGUUCCCGUCUACAAACCAGUGCGACUAGGUCCCAGCGCUUUAGCGGGCGCUGUUGCGGCGGCAUCAGUGGGUGCUACACCUCAACGUCAUUCACAGAAGCAUACAUCUUCAGACAAAUCUGCGAACUCGGCUAUUGUAUGCAAAGAGCCGAAGUUAGUUGUUGGUGUAACUUCAACAUCUGCUUCUCUUGCCACCAGUCGACUUUCGAAGGAGGCGCAUUCUUCCUCGGUCGAUGAGCAGAUUCCGCUUAACGCAUCUACAUCGUUGAUUCACAAAUUGGGAACGACUGUUAAACAGCAGGCUUCCAAACAUUCGGCGCAGCAACGGCAAGAGCAGCAUCUUUCGUCUGCGUCACAAACAACACAGGCAACGCAGUCCCAACAACAAUCGUAUCGAAAAGUAAUAGACCCUCGCGAUCAACAGCUGAUGCUAACCAGCGAACAUUUGUAUAGAAAGGAAACUCGUGUACUGACGGACAUGGGCGGACUCUUCUAUGCCGGCGUGAUGAAACCGCUUCAGCCACCGGAUGUUUACGCGAUCACAUUGGAUGGCGAACGUGGAAAUAAAUCGCAUAUAAUGUCGCGCGAGGAGAUCUUCAAAGAUACUAUUCUCGAAGUGGCGCCCAAAUCUGUGGAGAGUGUACCUGUUGGCACACGACUUUGUGCCUAUUGGAGUCAGCAGUACCGUUGCCUUUAUCCUGGUCGUGCUAUUGAGUCUGAAUCGUCCGAUGAUGGUGAAACUCCCAACGAUUCUGUUAGCGUGGAAUUUGACGAUGGCGACAGUGGACGCAUACGCCUACAAAAUAUACGCUUCCUACUAAGUGAUUAUCCCAUUGUGGAGUACAACGAUAAUCCCCUCUACUCUUUAGGCAAGCACAAGAAGUCGAACGCGGGUGCGCGCAACGCCAACGGCUCCGCCAGCAGUCACAAUUCCAAUGAUGCCCACGAACACAUGUCUACAUUUGCACUCGCCAAUACGCCAGCUGCGAUGUCGACAUGCGGUAGUGAACCGCCAACGCAGAGUGCCAAAGAGAUCAGCGCCCAGCGUAAGGAAAAGAAACGCAUUAAGAAUUUGAAGAAGAAAUCACAAGCAGCAGCAGCGUUGGCAGCCAAUGCCAACGUCAAUACGAAUGCGUCCACGGUGACUGGUAAUGGUGAGCUAUCGCUUGUUGCGUCCAAUGUGAAUGGCACAAGUGGUGCGGACGAUGCCGCCGACUGCAAUCGCAAACACCACAAACAUAAAAAACGCAAAAAGCACAAGAAACACCAUCACCGCAAGGCGAAUGGUGAAUGUGAAGCGAUUAACGGAGCUAAUAAUACCUUCGUAAUCAAAAACGCCGGUUUGGCGCCGAGUGGCGAUUUCCUGACGUCCACACCGACCACCUACAAGGGUAAACGUGAAUACGCUGCAUCAGUUGCUAAUAAUCACAACAACAAUACGCUAAUGGAAACGGAUGGCGAUGAAGUUGGUGAAGAGCACAACGCGUCAGAAGUGGCACGAAUGCCACAAACACAGGGUGGGUCCUUCCAAGCAGUAGCCGGUCACAGCAAGUCACAAGCGCAAAGCGCAACGUCUUGCCUGCCCGCUGCGGCUGCAAUUAAAAUGGAAACUGCGCCGUCGACCACGCCGUCAAAUGCUAAAGUCAAAACUGAGCAUUUGGAUUUGGAGGAGGAGAGCACCUCAAAUAUGAUGUCCGAGCUGUCGGAUGAGAACAAAUGUGAUGACGAGGAGGUGGAGCAUAACAAUUCGAAGGGCAGCAAAAUUGCAGCUUUCCUGCCGGAGCGUCAGCUCUGGGGUUGGCAGGGUAAAGCUUAUCGCAAAGCUGGUGUUAAGGGCAGAGCCCGAAAGCAAUUCUAUAAAACAAUCAAAAGGGGUAAAGAAACAAUAACUGUUGGGGAUUGUGCAGUAUUUUUAUCAACUGGUAGACCAGAUAGGCCAUAUAUUGGACGCAUUGAAUCCAUGUGGGAAACAACGUCCAGCAAUAAAGUAGUGCGUGUUCGAUGGUUUUAUCAUCCUGAAGAGACAACGGGUUGUCCAAAUCUUCAAUAUCCGGGUGCUUUAUUUGAAUCACCACACGAGGACGAAAACGACGUUCAGACAAUAUCGCAUCGCUGUGAAGUACUACCGUUUGAGCGUUAUUUCGCUAAAUUCGGCGCCGAUUCAAAGCAAUAUCAAUCAAUCUAUGAUAAUAAUGAUACUUACUACUUAGCGGGCUAUUACAAUCCGCGAAUCCAGGUGCUUAAUCUGCAGGAGGAGAUACCAACGCUCAAGGCAGAGCAACAGCAACAGCAGCUAAAACAACUCGAACAAGCACAGCAGCCAUUGCAGCAGCAACAACAACAAAACGAUUUAGACGUGGAGAAUAUAAAUGCGGUUGUUGAUUAAUAUUUAAGAUGAAAGUAGUAUGUUGAGGCCGAAGGAAACAUAUUUAAAUACUUAUUAGUUUUAAGAAGAAGAAAAUUCAGUGAGUAAUAUGUAUAAUAUGUAUAUGUAAAAAAAUGGAUAUAUUAAAGAUAUGUAUGUUAUACAUAUUUAGAUUUACAAAAUUCACAAUUACAAAUCAGCAACUAAACUAACGGUAAAAAGUCUGUUUGUCCCCUAUAUACAGACAGACAGACAUGCAUAUGAUAGGCGAUAGGCAAUAGUGACAAAUGUCACUUCACUAGGCCGGCUAAGUUGUGCUGUAUGUAUCAUUAUACUAUAUGUGUAAGUAUAACUGUGAAACAUUUUAAUUUUAGAGGAGAGAGAGUUAAAAGGAGCUAAUUGCAAAACAAGAUGAUACAAAAAAGAGAAUCACUAUAUAUUAUAUUAAAUAUAUUAUAUUACCUUAUAUAUACAUAUAUAUAAGAGAAAGCGCGUAAAGAGCAUAGCAAGCUAAAUGUCGAUGAGUAACAUUUAUGAGAUAGAGAUACUUUUAAUUUUAAAUUUAGUAAACAAAAAUACUUAUAUAUACAUAUAUAUAUUAUACAUUUCGUGAAAACAGACGAACUUAUUACGAACACUUACAGACGGUUAUACAAUAAUAUUGUAGAAAGAAGAAGAAAGAGCAAAUAUUAAUACAAAAAGAAAUGAAAUCUUACAAAAUGUUGCUACACAAAACAAAAUUGAUAUUUUUUCGGACAGUAAUAUAACGGUUAUACAACAGAUAUACUUAUAUAUACUAUAUUUCAGAUGAAAUUUAAAACUAAAGUACAGAAAAAAAAUGAAAAAAUAAAAAAAAAACUUAAAACUCCAGCAACUAUAUACAUAUAUAAGUUAAGAAACCAAGCAAACAAACAAAAAAGAAGCGCAAAAAGAACCUGUGAAAAGCUAGAAGCGUCGGCGUGCAGUAUGAAAA